AUGCAUCAGUUUACUAUCUCCACAACAUUAGGCGGAUAAGAAAACACCUAUCACGUGACUCCUCAGAGACUUUGAUUCACGUGUUUGUCUUCAGUCGAUUAGAUUACUGUAACAGUUUAAUCUACGGAUUGCCACUGGUACAAAUUGAUAAGAUUCAAAAAGUUCAAAACGCAGCUGCAAGGCUUAUUUUUGAGCAACCUAAGUUUUGCCAUAUAACACCAGUCUUAUCUCAGCUUCACUGG